AUGGUACCUGCACGCGCCCUCUACGCCAUCACCACCUGGGUGUGGGAUGACGACUACGAAAAGGAAGGCCUGCAAGAGCCCGAGAUCUACGACGACAAAGCUGCCGCCAACACGGCCGCCAGACAUCUCAUGAGGCGCCUCGCCGAUCGGCUCAACCCUUUUGGCGACCGGGACGAGUACAAUUUCGAGGAUAACCUCGACGACGAGGGCCUGUACCGAGGUCAGCUGGAGGGCGGUCCGCACGGUCGCAUCGCUGUCGAAAUGUGCGUCUACAAGGUUGCCCUCAACAAGGCCAGCACGCGGGAGACUGCGAAGCGACCCCUGGACAAUGCCAAGUACGCGUGGGCGGGUGAGAACGGGGCCGACCACGACGACGGCGAAGAGGAAGGGGAAGAGGAAGAGCCUAAAAAGCCUAACAAAAAGGCCAAACCGGCUCCGAAAAAGACCAGCAUCAAAGCCGGCCUCUCCCACACCAACCGCAAGAGCAUGCCGCGCGGCACGCCCAACAGCCUCGCCGGCGUGCGGCUGCUCUUCACGGGCACCUUUUCCAGCAUGGACCGCACCACGUCCGUCGCGACGGCCAAGAAGUUUGGCGCCGACGUGGUGCGCCGGCUCGAGGACACCGACUACGUCGUGGUGGGCGAGCGCGCGGGCCCCAAGAAGCUGCAGGUGAUGAACGAGCUCGAGCUCGAGACGGUGACCGAGGCCGAGUUUUUGGCCAUGCUGCGCGAGGGCGUCGGCGAGGACAAGAGGCAGCGCAUGGCCAACAAGAGGACGGCGGAUGACGAGGAGCGGCCGCAGACGCCGCCCCGGCCAGCCAAGGUGGCGAGGACGGCCAAGGGUCGCGGGAAGAGGAGCAGAUGA